AUGACAAAAGUCACCUCUAAUACAGCACAAGCAGCCAACCCAUUCGACCAAUUGAUUGUGGACUGCCAGAAUAACCCGACUCAAAUCCAAAAUCGGUACGAAACUCAUCGGUCCGACAGAAACAAACGGUUCAAAGCCGAACUCCUCAGCCUGGACUUCGCAGGAUGGGAAGCCGACGAGAUCCUACGAAAGUUGUAUGUUCAAGCCACAAAGGCAAGCACCGACAACAACGACACUCCUUUCGUAGAUACUCGAAACAAUCUUUCAUUUGUCGCUCGGCCACCACAACAUAUUCAGGAAUUAGUCGCAGAGAUACAGCAGGGUAUUCGUGAUGUUGCCCAGACAAUGUGGUUUGCACCGUCGCAUUUUCUGCAUAUAACCACGCUGGAAAUAGCCGCGGCACGCACCCCAAAAGAAAUCGAGGACAUUGUGGCUACUAUCAAGGGGAGUGGUGUUCUUCCGGACCUUGCGGACUACACCUUCCAUAAGCGGACGCGGUUGAUAAAACCCAUAGUCAGCUACGAUGCCACCGCAAUGGGCCUGAGUUUCGUUCCUGCCGCUGGUGAGGGAAACACAGCCAGAAUGUAUGUCACAGGUGACAACAAUUAUACCUAUCACCACCUGCGACGAGACCUCUUUGACCAGGUGACGGCGACAGGCGUUGAGCUGAAACCGAGAUAUAUUGCCCCUUCAGCUCAUAUUACCAUUGCACGGUUUAUUACUCAGGAUGGGUUUCUGCUUGAUGGUUCGAGCAAGGAUGGUGACCAUACUGUCAACCAUGAGUGUGUAGCGGCACUGGUGGAGAAAAUCGAGCAGAUUAAUGAAGAAUUGCGGGAGAAGUACUGGCCGCGGCAGGAUGGAGGCAUGUCUUCGAAGGGAGAAUGGCUAGUUGGACAGGGGGAAGGACUGGAACUGCAGAAGGGGGUGUCAUGCACCCUCCGCGAUCCGGCCAAGUCAGUCAAAAUGGUCAACGUUCCGAAAACCCGCCGGACGUACUGCAAGUCCAAGGACUGCCACAAGCACACCCAGCACAAGGUCACCCAGUACAAGGCUGGAAAGGCCUCUCUCUUUGCCCAGGGUAAGCGUCGUUAUGACCGGAAGCAGAGCGGUUACGGUGGUCAGACCAAGCCCGUCUUCCACAAGAAGGCGAAGACUACCAAGAAGAUCGUCUUGCGUCUCGAGUGCACUGUCUGCAAGGCCAAGAAGCAGCUCGCUCUGAAGCGUUGCAAGCACUUUGAAUUGGGUGGUGACAAGAAGACCAAGGGUGCUGCUCUUGUGUUCUAA